UGGCAACCCUGGCACAUUUUCACCAGUCAUCGGGGACAUUUCACAGAGGAGAAAAAAAAAAUUUUUCUGCAAGUUAAAGAUGAAUUUCAAUUGGCCUGAUUAUGAAAACCGCGAUCUAUUUGGGUACUAUAUUGCCCCUAGAAGCAGCCCCCAGGGAAAACAGAUUCCCAAUAAGGAGACAGUGGAGGACAAGCCGUUCUUUGCCAGCAACAUUGAGCACUAUCCGCACUUGCCGCAGCCGAACGGCCUCAGCUGGGUGCCCAAGUACCUGACCUACGCGGAUCUGUCGGAGGCCGUGGACAAGGGCUUCGACCCGAUACAGUUGCGCCCAGCCAACCAAUGCUGGUCCCAGCUCAAGUCUCAGGGCCAGACUCUGUUCGAUUGGCCGACAUACACUCAGUCUCAAGUCCAGUUGGGAGCCAACAAUGAAAAGCAGGAGAAUUGGCGUCUGCCAAAUGGCGAAAACAUGGGACCAGCAGUCGCUUACAAAAACUCUACUACCUGGCCAAAUCUGGCCAAUCAGCAGUUCGCGGGAGCUGCCGUAGCCCCCCAGCAGCGCGCCCCGUAUGGAUAUUGCACCGAUAUGCAUUACUGAACAAUUCACAACUAUAAUUAAAGGAGAUAUCAAUAAAUAGGAAA